GUUAUCAGUUAAUACGGAAGGUAAGGGGAAAAAAGUGGGAAUUUUUUAUUAGAAGAAUAUCAAAGAAACUCCUUCUAAACAUCUAUAUGAAAGAUAUUGUUAAAGCACAUUCAUCAGCAAAAGAAAUAUCGCUAAAGUUAGAAAUUUUCUAAUGGCUUUGAAUUUGCAAAUGUUUGAUUUUUACUAAAGGCGCAGACCCAUUCGAGGAACGACGUUUUCCGCAGCUGAUCGAAAAUCGAAAUACAUGGCUAAAAAAAAUUAACCCACUUAAACUAUUCCCUUAAUUUUUUAAUCCUUUUGAUAGAUAUCUGACCUACUUUUACAGAAUCAAAUCUGCGUUCGUUUUGAAAACGAACUCUUUCUGAUUGGCAAUAAAAUUUAUUAUAUCCAAUAAGGUUCACUGGCAAAGCCUUGUUUUCCCACGCAGCAGAAGUCAGCGAAAUAUAACAUCAGUUUCAAAUUCACCAUCCUUUCAGUCUACAUCAGCUUCAACUUCACCAUAAUUUCAGUUUAAAUUUUUUGCAGAUCUUAACACAUCAUUCAGUCAUGGAUCCUGGUACAUUGGCCGAAAUUCAGAAAUUCUGCGAAAUAGCAGACCAGAAGAAUGAAGAUUCCCCUUUUUUGGUUUUUGAUGUGGAUGAUGUUGUUUGGAAAGUAAAGCACUGGAGAGAGAAAAUGCCCCGCAUAGACCCUCACUACGCUGUGAAAUGUAACGGUGAUCAUGUGCUAUUACGAACUCUGGCAGCUCUAAAAGUUGGCUUUGAUUGUGCAAGCAAGGUGGAAAUAGAGACAAUCGUGAACCUGGAUGUUCCUGCCGAUCGCAUUAUCUAUGCCAACACCAUCAAAGGUUUUUCUCACCUUCGCCGUGCUGCAGAAUUAAAGGUUGACUUUAUGACGUUCGAUUGCGAGGAGGAACUAUUGAAGAUCAAAGAGCUUUAUCCAUCCGCAAAACUUAUUCUGCGACUAAAAAUGACUACUUCAAGUGGCUUUAAUUUUCAUAUAGGCUGCAUGAUCAAAGACCCCUAUGACUAUGCGAUUGCCAUAAAGAUGUGCCGAAAAGUAUUUGAUACAGCUGAAAAGAAAGGCAUCACCAUGUAUAUACUCGACAUAGGUGGUGGCUUUUCUGGUUUUAAACCUUCUUCAUCCGAUAAAAAAGAAACUUUUGCUGAAAUAGCUGCAGUUAUUAACCAAGUAAUCGAUGAACAUUUUCCUUCCAACGGGUCAUUUAAAAUCAUAGCCGAACCAGGAAGAUAUUUUGCUCUGACUGCUUUUACACUUUGUAGCAAGAUAAUUGGGAAAAAGAAACGAUUCAUCGAUAACGAAGAGGAUACCAUGUACAUCAUAAACGAAGGAGUGUAUGGCCUCUUCAUUCACAGAAUAUUUCAUGAUAUCAAACCAGUUAUGAAAGAGAUAUCGUCGAGUUCUAAACCCAAACGGAGUAGUGUUUGGGGACAGUCGUGUGAUCCAUUGGAUGUGAUCUUGGAAAAAUGCAUGAUGCCCGACCUGAAGGUGGGAGACUGGAUUGUAUUUGAAGAAAUGGGAGCCUACACAAUUGCUUGUGCCUCAAACUUCAAUGGAUUUGAAAAGGCUAAAGUGGAACGUGUUGCUUCUCAAAAAACACUGACUGAAUUGGAAAAAAUGGCUGGAUCCGAAACGAGUCGAAUUUUAUACGAAGAAAUCAAACUAAAAGAAAUGGACAACUAAAUCAAAAAUUUCAGUUGAUUUAAAUUUUUAUCAGAUUAAAGUUUUUAAAACUUUUUAUUUUUAAAUGAAUUUUGUGCACGUCUUAAUAAAUUAUUUUUAAAAGAAA